ACUCCCAGCAGAAGCAGGACCGUGGGACUCGAGAGGUUGCGGAGCUCAGGAAGGCCAUGAGGCGCGCUGUGGCAGAGCUCGUCUCGCCGCUUGUGGGGCUGUGGCUGUUGCUCUGCAGCUGGGGGUGCCCCGGGAACGCCGAGCCGCGGUCCCCGCCAGAUAAGAUCGCGAUUAUUGGAGCUGGAAUCGGUGGCACUUCAGCAGCCUAUAUUCUGCGGCAGAAAUUUGGGAAAGAUGUGAAGAUUGACGUGUUUGAAAGAGAAGAGGUGGGGGGCCGGCUGGCCACUAUGACGGUUCAGGGGCAAGACUAUGAGGCAGGAGGUUCUAUCAUCCAUCCUUUAAAUCUGCACAUGAAGCGUUUUGUCAAAGAUCUGGGUCUCUCUACUCUUCCGGUCUCUGGUGGCCUAGUGGGAGUGUAUGAUGGAGAGACUCUGGUGUUUGAGGAGAGCAGCUGGUUCAUAAUUAACAUGAUUAAACUCAUUUGGCGCUAUGGAUUUCAGCCCCUGCGAAUGCACAUGUGGGUAGAAGACUUGUUAGGCAAGUUCAUGAGGAUCUACCGCUACCAAUCUCAUGAGUAUGCCUUCAGCAGUGUAGAAAAAUUACUACAUGCUAUAGGAGGGGAUGAAUUCCUUGGACUGCUUAACCGAACACUUCUUGAAACCUUGCAGAAAGCAGGCUUCUCUGAGAAAUUCCUCAAUGAAAUGAUCGCUCCUGUCAUGAGGGUCAAUUAUGGCCAGAGCACGGGUCUCAAUGCUUUUGUGGGGGCGGUGUCACUGUCUGGUGCUGAUUCUGGCCUUUGGGCAGUAGAAGGUGGCAAUAAGCUUGUUUGCUCCGGGCUCCUUCAGGCUUCCAAAAGCAAUCUUAUAUCUGGCUCAGUAAUGUACAUAGAGGAGAAAACAAGGAUCAAGCAGACAGGAAAUCCCACAAAGAUGUAUGAAGUGGUCUACCAAAUUGGAUCUGAGACCCGUUCAGACUUCUAUGACAUCGUCUUGGUGGCCACUCCAUUGAAUCGAAAAAUGUCCAAUAUUACUUUUCUCAACUUUAAUCCUCCAAUUGAGGAAUUCCAUCAAAAGUAUGAACAUAUAGUGACAACUUUAGUUAAGGGGGAAUUGAAUUCAUCUGUCUUUGGCUCUAGAACCAUAGAUAACUUUGGCCUUGGUACAGUCUUAACCACUGAUAAUUCAAAUUUGUUCAUUAAUAGUCUUGGGAUUCCGUCUUCUGUAAGGAAAGAGGAAAAUCUUCAACCAUCAGCAGAUGGAACAUAUGUUUGGAAGAUGUUUUCCCCAGAAACUCUUACUAAAGCACAAAUUUUAAAGCUCUUUUUGUCCUAUGAUUAUGCUGUGAAGAAGCCAUGGCUUGCAUAUCCUCACUAUGAGCCCCCAGAGAAAUGCCCCUCCAUCAUACUUCACGAUCGACUGUAUUACCUCAAUGGCAUGGAGUGUGCAGCAAGUGCCAUGGAAAUGAGUGCCAUGGCAGCCCACAAUGUUGCGCUCCUUGCCUAUCACCGCUGGAAUGGACACACAGACAUGAUUGACCAGGAUGGUUUAUAUGAGAAACUUAAAACUGAGCUAUAAAAUGACACCAUCUCUUUCCCUCUCCUAGUUCCAAAUGAGUAUCACUGGCAAAAAAGGACAAAGUCUGAGCAGAGAUGAUUUUGAAUAGGAUAUUUUGCCAAUAUCACUGUUUAACAAAAGUAAUCCUUGUGGGUCAUAAGAAAGUACAAGGUUCUAAUUAAGUGUGAUGAUGUAACUAUUGCACUUAUGCCCUCUCCAAAAUUUCUUAAAUAUUUUUUCAAUAUCCAUUAGCAGUGUUGCUCAAACUUGUCUGAUCAUAAAAAUUAUCUGGAGUUUUUAAAACGUGAAUUCUCUAGCUCUUCUCUUAAGAGAUUGUUUAAGUCUGGGGGCAGGGCCCUGGAUUUUGAUCAAAAGCAUAGAGCACUGUAAGCUGAACACUUGAGGGAGAACUUAAAGACCAUGUUAGUUGGGGACUGGUCCAUUUUGAGCUUUUACAUCUGGCUGUGAUCUUCAGUGAGAUAAAACUAAUAAGGGAGCUGGUGUCUUUAUGCCUGGCUCAGUAAUUUUAUAGCCUGUUUUGAAGUAAAUGUGCUCAUGCCUAAAGCCUUGACUUUCAGAAUGUCCUUUGAUUGGUUCUGUCUUGAUAUUAUUAGGGGUGAAAUUUAUGUCUUAGUAAUUUAACCUUAAGAUGUCAUACAGAAAUCUCAAGUAAAUGAAAAGCAACUAUGGGCUAGUGAGUUAGAAAUUGGCAUUCUACUACAUCUUCACUUAAGGAGCUUUUAAAAAUACUGAUAGACCCCCAUAAGCAGAGAUUCUGAUUUAAUGGAUCGAGGAUAGGACCUUGGCAUUGUAACUUUUUACAAUUCCCGAUGUGCAACCAGGGUUGAGAAUCACUGAUGUGGGGGCAAAACUGUCUACAAAGGGUUUUUAGUGCCCUUAAAGCAGAUCCAUUUUGGAAGGGAUGAUUUGUCUCCAUGAGAACUUCAGUAGUCAUCUUGAUAGUAAGAAGCAUUGACAGUCUAACAGCAGAGGCAACUCAAGUAACUCCGAGCAUUUGGCACUAAAGCAGGAUAUUGAGAAUGACACCAAGCUUGACCAAACGCAGCUCAUGUUCAAAGUGUUAAAUGUUUCAGUUACUGUAGCAUUCUGGGUGAGAAACUGGUUGCUGAAAUCUUAAGACAGUGGCUCUCAGCCUUGGCUGCACACUGGAAUCACAUGGAGGGCUUUAAAGUGUCCCAAAUGAUUCUAAUAUCCAGACCAAAUUUGAAAAAUCAGUUCUACAUCCGUUGUACAAGGAUCAUGAUUGGCUGUCAUAGGCACUGGUAGAACAGAACAAGUGCUUAAGAAUUCUAACAGUAUGUGCAACCAAGUUAACAGAAAGCCCUUCACCAGAUUAUGGCAGUAAUUACUUUAGCAAAAUGGUGAAGAGAACACUGAUUUUUAAUAAAAAUGAUUUCUUCCCUA